AUGGCCCUGCUGGCCCCUGUGAGCAUUGUCCCAUCUGCGCUAGUGGCCGUGGUGGUCAUCACGGCCCCCGCCUGGGCCUGCCUCCUCUGCUUCACGACCUACUCUGAGCGCCUUCGCAUCUGCCAGAUCUUCGUUGGGAUGGAGGAACCAGCGCUCGAGAAGUGUGAGGACGCAUUCACAGCCACCUUCAAGGGCCUCCGCGACAUGGAGAUCAACUACGAUGAGAGAGGCCGCCUGCACGACAUCUUUACCCAAAUGACCCACUCCCUCCAGGAGACAGCUGCGGCCCAGAAUUCCUAUGAGGAGGCUUUCCGUGCUGCCGCCGAGGCCAUGAAGGAGGACAUAGCACAGCUUAAAGAAGCCCCGGACUGCAUCCCUCCCUGCGGGCGCCAGGAGGUCUCCAGGCGCUUCCGCUGCCGCGGGUGUUACUCUACCCUCUGCAAUCUUCCUCUGGACUGCCCAGUUCAGGACGUGAAGGUGAUUCGGGGUGAUCAGGCCAUGUUCUUUUGCAACGUCAACUUCGAGCUUCCUAAGGAGAUCACCUAUUCCUGGAAGUUCGUAGGAGGAGGUCUCCGGACUCAGGACCAGACCUACUUCCGAGAGCUGCCGGAGGCCCGAGGGAACGUGGCGCGGAUCCGACCCGCGCAGCCCAAGCACCGCGGGACCUUCUCUUGCGAGAUCGUGCACGAAGAGCGCCCCCUAGCGCGGCUCUACUUCUUUCUUAAUGUGACAGGCCCGCCCCCGCGCGGGGAGACCGAACUUCAGGUCUCCUUUCGGGAAGUGGUGCGCUGGGCGCCACGCGAGACGGAGAUGAUCGAGCCCUGGAGGCCGAGCCUGGGCGAGCUGCUGGCCUCCCCCGGGGCUCUGACACCGAGCAACCUGUGCCUGCUCGCGGCCUCCGCGGCCUUCCUGUCCGCGAGUCUGAUCCUGUUCGGGUGGUAA